GCGUAAGACUAGGCGGGGCCACCAGCUCUCCUCAUUCACCCCAAACCCGCGAGAGCGGUGCUUCGGAACUGCGGUAUCCCGCAGACUUCCAGCAACUAGCAAUCAGAAGCGGACUUUCUCGCGUUCAGCAAAAGACACUCUCGAUCCCUGAUGGCGCUGCCGGCUGUCACCUCGAGGCGACCUGAACAGCGAGCGCUCCCCGACCGCACGAGGCAGCGGGGACGUAGCGCGCCGGCCGCCUCGGGCUCCCGGGCCUCGGUUCCUAGUCCCAGGCCUCCGUUCCGGGGCCCCAGGGCUCUCAUCUUCGUCCUUUCGGGUGUCCUGCUGUCGAUUGCAGCUGCUUCAGCCAUGCCCAUAAGGCAGGAAAAAUUUCACCAGCAAUUAGCUUCCCCGCAGGGAUGGAAACACAGCCUCUCAGAGAAGUUGUGUCUACCAGGGUUCCACAUGGAGGAAGCCAGUGGAGAUUGUGCGCCGUGCACGGAUAAGGUGGAUUACACCAAUUAUUCAAACACCCUGUCUUCUUGCUUACUCUGUAAGACUUGCAAAUCAGGGGAAGAAGAGAAAAGUCCGUGCACCUCCACCAAGGACACUGAGUGUCAGUGCAAACCUGGCACUUUCCGUAGAGAAGAUGCACCUGAAUUCUGCUACAAGUGCAGAACCCGGUGCCCUGAUGGGAUGGUCGUGUCCACGCCCUGUAGCCCUUUCAGCGACCUCACAUGUGUGGACCGAAAAUCAGGUACCCAGGCCAGUGGGGAGGCCCCGGUUCCUGGAAAGACAGUGACCAUGAGCCGGAGACUGCCCACCACUCCCUCUUCCUCCUCAGACACUUCACAGCUGGUGAUCACAGUUGUAGCUGUAAUUACACCUGUCUGUCUCCUGCUGCUGGUGCCGAUCGCAUGUGUUUUCUGGCGGUUCUGCAUUCAAGGUCAUGGUGUGGACCCUAAGUGCAUGGACAGGGUCUUUUUCUGCUGCUCCUGUCCCCCAAGAGGUCCUGGGGCUCUGGACAAUGCCCAUAACAACAUGCUGAUCAACAGAGAUUUGCUGUCCAUUCUGGUGCCCAAGAAGGACCUAGAAGACCAGGAGCAGGACAAGCUGACAGGUGUCAUGGUACAGUCUCCAGUGGAAGCAAAGCAUUUACUGGAACCAACAGAAGAUGAAGCAUCUCACACGAGAAGAAGGCUGCUGGUUCCAGCAAACGGUGCAGACCCCACUGAAAGUCUGAGACUAUUCUUCGAUUACUUUGCAACCGCCGUGUCCCCUAACUCCUGGGACUCACUCAUGAGGCAGUUGGGCCUCACGCGAAAUGAGAUCCUUCUGGCCAGAGAAGGGGUCCGGGUCCCUCGGGAUGCCUUGUAUGAAAUGCUAGAGACCUGGGUCAGCAACAAGGGACGGGCGGCCUCAGUCAACACCCUGCUGGAUGCCUUGGAAACGCUGGGGGAAAGACUGGCAAAGGAGACAAUUCGGGACCACCUGUUGGGCUCGGGAAAGUAUGUCUAUGAAGAUGGUGAAGCAGGCUCUGCUGUGUCCUGAGUCUAAAAGAAUCUCUUUAUGAAACUACAGCUUCCCUACUUUACCUUUUCUUCUGGAAAGGGACACAUGAUUGGACACCAGUCUGGAUGAAACAGCCGGUACUUGACGAAUACUUGAAGGAACACUAUCAUCCGAUAUAUGCAGAAGUUGUAGAGUUCUAGAACUUUUCAGUAAAAUGAGUAAUUUUUAUGAAAUGUCAUUGAUAAAUGAUGGUGGAAAUAUUUAUAAAUAUUUAUGCUCGUGUAUGUACUGAGAGUUGAUUUAGGAUGUCAUUUAGUUCAGAGCACUUUGUCAUCCUACCAGAACUGCACGUUUUACUUGUAUUUUUUAUAUUGGGACAUCCACCCAUGUUAUGUGCGUACUUAAUUAUGUCUAAUGACGACUUAAUAUUUUAUGAUAAGCAUCUUUCCAUUUUAAUAUUUUUGUAUAGAUUUAUAUGAACGUGGGAAACCUUUUGGAAAGGUUACUUACUAGGUUGACUACGUGGGUUCCCUGGAAGGGAGCAGGCAACCAUAAAAUCAGUAAAAAUACAGAGCAGGGAGGACGAAGCCCACUGCAGUGGGAGGCACUGGUGGGAUCAAUUCUCCCUCAUACGGGAGUCUGACUUUGUCUAGGAUUAGAUGACCAGCAACUUUUAAAGUGUCCAUCAUUUCCAACUGACAAUUUUAUAGGUGUGGGAUUAUUUAUAUUAUUUAUUGGUAGAUGUUUACAAAUGAGGAGAGAGUGAGGAGAAGUAGCAUCCACAUGCAGCCCUGUGUCUGGUAUCCAUGAACUGGGCUGUCAUGCGUGGGCCUCCUCCUGUUCAUCUAUGGACCUGAGUGGGAAGGGUGGGACAUGGGUGGGACACGUGAGUGUCAAAUAGCUUCUAUGUCAUGUGCCACGUCUGGUUUUGUUAGUGAACCUUCAGUUCUAUCUGGGCUCCAGGGAGAGAGGACAGGGAUCUGCUCCUAGUGUCUGCCAUGGUCUCUGGGAGGAAGAGGGGACAGUGCUCAUGGAUUGUGUUCAAUGUUGGCUGACUCAGCACUACUAGAUGAGCCCUCUCACUUACGGUGGUCUGUGAAUCUGGGUCCCAGAACAGCCUUUUUAGGGUACAGAUUCCAAAUAUGAGGAGCUUAGUGCCUCUGUAAGCAUCCCACUUCUGCAUGAAAGGGAACACAUAAACACAAAUUCUUAUUUUCUUUUUACCAUUAGAAUGUAUACUUUAUUUUUUUUAAAUUUUCCAUUUUUAAAAAUUGAACUAUAGUUGGUUUACAACUAAGCCUUCACGCCACAACUAAUAAUCUCGUGUGCCUCAACAAGAGAGCCCACGUGCCACAACUACAGAGCCCACACACUCCGGAUCCCCGCACGCCGCAACUAGAGAGAGAAAACCCGUACGCGACCACUAGAGAGAAGCCUGAGAUCCACAACUAGAGAGAAACUGGAGCAGGCUACGCACCGUAACGAAAGAUCCCGCAUGCCUCAAUGAAGGUCCCUUGUGAUGCAACUAAGACACAACACAGCCAAAAAAAAUAAAGAAAAUACGUAAAUAAAAUAAAUAAAUAUUAAACUCUCAUCCACUGCUGGGAUGAGUGGAAAGUGUGCAACCUCUUUGGAGAUGUCUGGAAAUACCUGCCAAAGCUGAAUAUACACAUACCUUUUAAUCCAACAAUUCUACUCAAGGGCUUCUGUGAAAUACAAGAGAAAACA